ACCAGGGUUUAAGAGAAAUUAACCAAAUAGCCCAACUCAAACUCAAAAUACGGAACAUUCUAGAGCUUACAAGCUCGAGACCCCUCUAGGCCUCUACACUUCUCCCGUUACAUAUUAAAACCCUUCAUUUUUUUUUUGCCCCCUCUUAUAUUUCAUACACAAAGAACACAACGCACACACUAAUUUGACUACUCCGUGAAAGUGAUCAUCCUAAAGGGAAGAUGAGCGUUGUUGGUUUUGAUUUUGGGAAUGAGAGUGGUGUUGUUGCUGUUGCAAGGCAACGGGGGAUUGAUGUUGUACUGAAUGAUGAAUCUAAACGUGAGACUCCUGCUAUUGUAUGCUUCGGUGAAAAGCAACGUUUCCUUGGAACAGCUGGUGCCGCUUCAAGUAUGAUGAACCCAAAAAACACAAUUUCUCAGAUUAAGCGGCUGAUUGGACGCCAGUUUUCGGAUCCUGAACUGCAGCGGGAUAUCAAGUCACUCCCUUUUUCUGUAACUGAAGGUCCUGAUGGGUAUCCAUUAAUUAAUGCUCAAUAUCUUGGAGAAAUGAGAAGCUUUACACCAACCCAAGUAUUGGGAAUGGUCUUCUCAGAUCUGAAAAGUAUAGCGGAGAAGAAUCUGAAUGCCGCUGUGGUUGAUUGCUGCAUUGGGAUUCCUAUUUAUUUCACUGAUCUUCAAAGGCGUGCUGUUCUAGAUGCUGCUACGAUUGCCGGGUUGCACCCACUUAGACUCAUUCAUGAAACUACAGCUACUGCUCUUGCAUAUGGUAUUUACAAGACUGAUUUGCCGGAGAAUGACCAGCUGAAUGUUGCCUUUGUAGAUAUUGGUCAUGCUAGUAUGCAAGUAUGUAUAGCUGGUUUAAAGAAAGGCCAACUGAAAAUAUUAGCCCAUGCGUUUGAUCGGUCACUUGGUGGGAGAGAUUUUGACGAAGUGCUGUUUCAAAACUUUGCUGAAAAAUUCAAGACCGAAUACAAGAUUGAUGUUUACCAAAAUGCAAGGGCCUCCCUUAGGCUUCGUGCUGCAUGUGAGAAACUGAAGAAGGUUCUCAGUGCAAAUCCAGAGGCGCCUUUGAAUAUAGAGUGCUUGAUGGACGAGAAGGAUGUCAGAGGCUUCAUCAAAAGAGACGAGUUUGAACAAAUUAGCAUUCCGAUACUGGAGCGAGUUAAGAAGCCGUUGGAGAAAGCUCUUUCAGAGGCAGGGCUGACUGUAGAAAAUAUAUAUGCUGUUGAGGUUGUUGGUUCGGGGUCCCGUGUACCUGCAAUAAUGAAAAUUUUGACGGAGUUCUUUGGUAAGGAGCCUAGGCGGACAAUGAAUGCUAGUGAAUGUGUUGCGAAAGGUUGUGCAUUGGAAUGUGCUAUUCUUAGCCCCACUUUUAAAGUGAGAGAAUUCCAGGUCAAUGAGAGCUUCCCAUUUACAAUUGCUUUGUCAUGGAAAGGCACAGCUCCAGAUGCUCAGAAUGGAGCGGACAAUCAACAAAGUACUAUUGUUUUUCCAAAAGGAAAUUCGAUACCUAGUGUGAAGGCCCUGACAUUCUUCAGGUUUGGAACAUUUACAGUAGAUGUACACUAUGCUGAUGUAAAUGAAGUUCAAGCACCCGCCAUGAUCAGCACAUACACGAUUGGCCCUUUUCAGUCAACAAAAAGUGAACGAGCAAAAGUGAAAGUAAAAGUUCGUCUGAAUCUACAUGGUGUUGUGUCCAUUGAGUCGGCAACACUACUGGAGGAGGAUGUUGAGAUUCCAGUCGUUAAAGAGACUGCAAAGAUGGAUGCAGAUGAAUCUCCACCUGUACCUGCUCCUUCUAGUGGUGCUGAGAAUGAUGUUGACAUGGAAGAUGCAAAGAGUACUGCUGCUAAUGCUCCUGGCUCUGCCAAUGGUGCUCAAGGAGACGUCCCUGUCCAAAUGGAAACGGAAUCCAAGGUUGAGGUUCCAAAGAAGAAGGUGAAAAAGACUGACAUACCAGUGACAGAGCUAGUUUACGGCGGAAUGCAACCUACGGAUGUGCAGAAAGCUGUGGAGAAGGAAUUUGAAAUGGCAUUGCAAGAUAGAGUUAUGGAAGAAACCAAAGACAAAAAGAAUGCUGUGGAGGCUUAUGUCUAUGACAUGAGAAACAAGCUACAUGACAAAUAUCAUGACUUUGUAACUGAUCCGGAGAGAGAGGAGUUCACCGCCAUCCUUCAGCAGGUUGAAGAUUGGUUGUAUGAAGAUGGUGAGGAUGAGACCAAGGGUGUAUAUGUUGCCAAGCUUGAAGAACUGAAAAAGCGUGGUGAUCCUGUUGAGCUGCGCUACAAGGAACACUUGGAGAGGGGAUCUGUGGUUGAUCAACUAGUUUAUUGCAUUAAUAGCUACAGAGAAGCAGUAAUGUCACCUGAUUCUAAGUUUGAUCACAUUGACAUUGCUGAGAAAGAGAAGGUUCUGAAGGAAUGUGCGGAUGCUGAAGCUUGGUUAAGGGAGAAAAAGCAGCACCAGGACUCAUUACCAAAACAUGCUACUCCAGUUCUCUUGUCAGCUGAUUUGAAAAAGAAAGCUGAAGCUCUUGACAGGUUCUGCAGACCGAUAAUGACAAAACCAAAACCAAAGGCAGCUAAGCCAGUCACACCUGAAGUUUCAUCUCCAAGCAGUGAGCAGUUUCAUGGUGCAGAAAAUUCUGGUGACCCCAACAAAGACGCUAGUAACACACCUGGAACCGAAGUCCCAUUGGCCUCUGAAGAGCCAAUGGAAACUGAAACACCCGCAAGUGCAGCAUAAUCUGUAGUUUUACUUCUUUACUAUAGAUUAGCCAUCGGUCAUUGUGAUGUGGAAUUUUUUUGAGUUUUAAGAGGGGUGGAGAAUGAGCGACUUUGUUUCUGUAUGUUGGUCUGUAAAGCCGUUCUUUUCUAUGAUGUUUAGCAAAUUCUGUUACACCUGUAUGCAAUACAGGUCUUCGGAAACAUUUUUCUGGAACCGACUUGUGGGAAAAAUUCUCUCUCGCAGUGAACUUCCAAUUUCCCCUGGUGCUAUAGAAAACUUAUAUCAAAAGUCUGGUUAUCAAAAUUUUUGCUCUUUUAA